AUGGCGCCUGGGCUUUUUCUGCUAGCGGCGUCGUGUAGGUCUCAGGUGUUUGUUGGGGAGGGCGGAAUGGGGCCGUCCAUGGAGGGGACGGAGGAGGCCAACAGGACGGCAGUGCAGAGCUGCCACCGGGUGCUGGCGCUCCUCUCCAACCCGCACGGCCAGCUCGUCCCCAGCAAGGACCUCGUGGCCGCCACCGGGGACGCCGUCGCCAAGUUCGGCUCCCUGACGGCCAAGCUCUCCAACUCCAACACCAACGGCAAUGGCCUGCAGCUGCAGGGCCACGCUAGGGUCAGGAAGAUCAAGAAGCCCCUGCCCAUCUUCGACAGCAACCUCUUCCUCGAGAGCUCUGCGUUGGCCACCGCCGCCGCCGCCGCCACUGUGGCCAAGACGCCCAGCCAGAGCCCGAUCACUGGCCUCCAGCUGUUCCCGAGGUACCACCAGAUGGAGGGCUCGUCGUCUAAGGAUCCUAUCAGGAUCCCUGCCCAGUUCCCCAAGAGGUUGCUGCUAGAGAACCCGGCUGCCGGUCUGGAGGGGCCGUCGUCCAAGGCCCCUCCGGUCCAGAUGGUCCAGCCAGUGUCCGUUGCGCCUCCUGCAGGGACGCCCACCCCGGCAUUGCCCGCCGCUCACCUUCAUUUCCUCCAGCAGAACCAGAGCUACCAGAGGUUUCAGCUCAUGCACCAGAUGAAGAUUCAGAAUGAGAUGAUGAAGAGGAGCAAUCUUGGUGAUCAGGGUGGUAGCUUAAGCAGUGGUGGUGGUGGUGGUGGUAGUAAGGGUGUGAAUCUCAAGUUUGACAGCUCGAAUUGCACGGCGUCAUCGUCUCGCUCGUUCCUUUCGUCUCUGAGCAUGGAAGGGAGUCUUGCCAGUUUGGGUGGAAGUCGGGCCAGCAGGCCGUUCCAGCUAGUUAGUGGCUCUCAGACAUCUAGCACACCAGAGCUGGGCCUGGUGCACAGGAGAAGGUGUGCUGGUAAGGAGGAUGGGAGUGGUCGGUGCACAACCGGGAGCCGAUGCCGUUGUUCAAAGAAAAGGAAGCUAAGGAUAAGGAGGUCCAUCAAAGUCCCUGCAAUAAGCAACAAGAUUGCAGACAUCCCAGCUGAUGAGUUCUCAUGGAGGAAGUAUGGGCAGAAGCCAAUUAAGGGAUCCCCACAUCCUAGAUUACAAAUACUCACAAGCUGGCUGCCUUGCAGGGGUUAUUACAAGUGUAGCAGUGUGAGAGGGUGCCCCGCGAGGAAGCAUGUUGAGAGGUGUGUGGACGACCCCUCGAUGCUGAUUGUUACCUAUGAAGGUGACCACAACCACAACCGAGUUCUAGCCCAGCCAGCCUGA